CUUAGCUUCCUUUGCUCCUCUCCCAUUUGUGCUGCUCGUCAUGACAUCAACGCCCGGCUCGUCGGCAUCGCGAGCCAUCUCCUACUUCACAGAGCGGGCAGAGGACUAUCAAGCCGCCCUCGUUGGAGCCCUCGGUGGCUCGACACCGGGAGGACAACAUGGCGGCGGCCCAGCAGGAGCAGAUCGCUACCUGGCACAAGUCGACGUUGGUGCAGUAGGCGACCAAGGGCUACGAGCGACACGCAACAAGCUCGAGAGCAGCGCAGAGCAUGAACGCAUCGAGGGUCUACGCAUAGUAGUCGCCAUGAUCUCGAAAUCACUACCUGCCGCCGAUCACCUCUUUCCUUCGGUCCUCAAGCUCACCUCCGUCCAGUCUUUGCAGGUCAAGACGCUCGUCUACCUCGUCACGCUGCGCCUUGCACCUGCUCAACCAGAUGUAGCACUCCUCUCCAUCAACUCUUUUCAGCGCGAUCUCGCCGAUCCGUCACCUCUGAUUCGUGGCAUGGCACUACGCGUGCUCAGCAGCUUGGGAGUAAAGAUGGCGGCAUCGAUCAUGGAGAUGGCAAUCGCUCGCAGCGUGCGCGAUGCCAGCUUCUACGUAAGAAGAAUUGCGGCAGAUGCAAUUGCCAAGUGCUCUGAGCUAGCCCCUUCUUUGCUACCUUCAUUGGUUCCGCACCUUUCGACUUUACUCGCCGACAAGCAUCCCUCCGUCCUAGGUUCAGCACUCCUCGCCUUCACCUGCACCAUCCCACAUCGGUACGACCUACUCCAUCCACAUUUUCGCCGCAUCUGCCACGCUCUGGUCGACAUCGAUGAAUGGAAUCAGCCUGCAGCGCUGCGGGUGUUGGCCAGCUACGCUAGGCUGAAUUUGCCACGCCCAUCAGAUGAGGCGGGCAAAGCUGUCGAGGAUCCUCGAGGAGAGAAGAAGGUGCCGGGUAGGACGAGAUGGGGAACUGGAUUGGAUGCGGAUCUGGAGCUUUUGCUGGCAAAGACGCAGCCGCUUCUUUCGAGUCGCAACUCGGCGUCGGUCCUAUCGUCAGCCCACCUCUACCUGUCCCUCCUCCCAUCGGCAAGCCCUACGCAUACCCAGCUCAUUCAGCCCCUCCUCCGUCUCACCCACUCUCACGCCUCGCAAGCCCUCGUUGCCCUGCACUUCGUCCGUGUCCUCAACUCAAUACGGCCGGAUCUCUUCGCUGCAUCCUGCUCGGAGACAGUAGCCGCAAAUUUCGUGUCCCUGACGACGCUCGCGGGAGAACCGGUGUGGCUCAGCAUGGCGAAGCUUGAUGUCCUCGUGGACCUGGCCAUCGGCUCAAAACACAAUGGGUCGGUGGAGAAUCUCGCUCUCGACGAGCUCGAAGAGGCCGCAUUGCACCGACCAGAGGCAGCACUCAAGGCUCAUGCGACAGGAGCCCUUGGUCGCCUCGCCACGUCGGCGGCUGCGAUGCGGGACGCAGCCGGGGCCGACAGCGUGAUGGACAGGUGUACGCAGGUGUUGCUCGCGAUGCUGAAGACUUCGUCUUCUUCGUCGCAUACCGGAAGUAAAGGAAAGCAGAGCGCCUCUGGCGAGGGAGACAGCCGUGCUGUUCAGCGAGCAGUGGACGUGCUGCAGGCGAUUGUACAGGUCAAGGGCUCAAGCAUGACUGCCCAGACGGAAGGAGAACCAUCCUCGAACAGCGACAGCGCGGCAGGCUUGCUCGUCUACACCCUCUCGCAGCACCUCUUCAGGCCCGACGUGCCCUCUGCCUCCAGCAGCGAAGGAUCGUCUUUUUCGAGCAGUCUCAAACUGCUCGGCAAAUCCUCUCUCCACGACACACAAGCGCGGGCAACCCUGUUCUGGCUUUUGGGUCAGUAUUGUCAGCUGAAGGUACCUGUAGCUGCUCAGAACAUCAGUGCUCCACUUGCGCAACAACCGCAGCACCGGAGCCUCGCCGAGACCAUUCUUCCUGAAGUGUUGCGCAAAGCCGCUCUCAACUUCUCCGCAGAGGGACAGGAAGCCAAACUCGCUAUUCUGGGGAUGGGCGCGAAGUUGGCUACUUUCCUUGAGCCCUCCACCGAGGCGAAGGCAACGGAAACACCAAUCGCAGUGCGUCACUUGUUCUCCUACAUCCUCGACCUUGCACGGUACGACCCUGGCGUGGAUGUGAGGGACCGCGCAAGGUUUUUGAGGGGCUUGACCGCUGGCCUUGAGAGCGGCGCGUCCAAACAGACUCAGGGGAAGAAGGAGGACGAAGAAGCGGUUGCCACACCUGGCGUGAGGCUGAGAAGGGAACAGGUACUCAAGGUACUCUUCAAUGAGCGACCCGAUGUCUCCACAGCAACGACCUCGCCUGAACAGGGCGAUGUGGAUGUCGCCCUUCUCCUGGAUCCGGCCAGACUCGCCCUCUUGCCAGCGGGCCGAUCACCGCUCCUCCGAUCCUCGAUGGUAGACAGAAAAGCGAACACAGUCGGACUCGGUCUCCCCUCCUGGACCUCGAGCCCCUCUGCCCUCCCUCCAGCCUCGGUACGAGACCACGUAGUUGCCGUUGAGCCUCUCGCCGCCCCUGCCUCUUUGCCCAGCAGCUCGGGCGCUGGUGCAGCUAUAGGUGGUGGUGCGAGAUCCCUGUCGAGCUCCGGGCACGCUUCACCAGUCGGUGGCGCUCCCACUACGGCAGCGAUGAUGGCUGCUCCGCCGCAGGGCAAGGGAAAGUACAAGGACCUAGACGCCUUUCUGGACGAGGAGAGUGAGGAAGAGCAGGAAAGCAGCGGUAGCGAGGACAGCAGCGAGGAGGAGGAGGAGGAGGAGGAGGAAAGCGAGGAGGAGAGCGAUGAAGAAGAGGAGGAUAGGCAGGAGGACGAAGAUGAGAGCGAGAGCGAGAGCGAAAGUGAAAGUGAAAGUGGAAGUGAGGAUGGCGAUGAAGACGCCAGAGAGGAUGGAAGAUUCCUCGACCAUGCUGAUGGUCUAGAGGAGGUGAGACGGGCUCAGAGUGCAUGGGCUGAUUGAAGGGUGACGUACAGUUGGGUAGGAAUUGCAUUGCCUCUGUUCACCUUCUCUCAGUGGGGAGAUUGAGUACCUACGACUUGCUGUCAGACAGGUGAUUUACACGCGUGAUAUGCAGGCCACCCGAGCAAAGGCGAGUAGGUUGUAGGAUGAUCGGAUUGGAAGGUGGGGUGUACGCUGGGAGAGGAGAAAGAGCGGGGGAACUGAGGACGAAUGAGGUGUCGAAGGAAGAAAA